AUGUCUGAACCAGAAAUUCAAAACUUGUCAUUAGAAAGAACUGUUUCUAAUUCUUCUUCUGUCGUCAGUGUUAAACCAGGUUAUAUCAAUAGUCCAUUCUCAGGUAAAAAAGAUCAAUAUGAACAAGUCUUGGAUAUAUUGGAUAGUACUGGGUUUAUUCCAGAAUCAUUAAUUGAAUCAGAAGCAAGAUGGUUUUAUGAAUCAUUAGGAAUUGAUGAUGUUUUCUUUGCCAGAGAAUCCGCCAAUGGUAUCGCCAAUCAUAUUCAUUCUUUAUAUUCUUGUAAAGUUCAAGCUUUUUCCAAUGAAUUUGAUGAAACUAAAGAUGAUGCUUUGAUUCAAUAUAAAAGAGAAGCUGAAGAUCAUGCUGUUUUCUUUGAAACUUCAAAUGCCAUUAGUUCAUCUGCUUCAACCAAAUCAAGAAAUAGAUUUGAAGAAAGAAUCGAUGAUAAAUAUAUUGAUCCAUCAAAUCUUUCCUCCAGUUAUAGAGCUGAAUUCUUCAGUGCUCCUUUAAGUUAUAAAACUGAUCCAAUAUUAGCUGGGGUUUAUCAAAAGAAUAAUAAAAUCUCAAAUCAAUGGUUUAACUGUUAUUUCGUUUAUAAAAAUCAAUAUGAAUUUGAAAAUAUUUCAAAAGAUGAAACUGAUUUAAAUAAAAUUGGUGAUAGUACCUUUUUAAAAAUUGCUUCUCCAAAUACUAAACAAUUAUAUUCUGAUAUCGUUAAAAAUGUUAUUACUACUACUGGUCCAGUCAUUAGACAUUUCCCAAUUGAAGAUUCCGAAGAAUAUAGAGUGGUUAUUGGUUUCAGACAAAAAACUUCAGCAAGAUAUAGUUCUGCUUUAAGUGAUUUAGCCAAUUAUUAUAAAUUACAAACUACUCGUAAAUAUAUUGAACAAUUUGCUAAUGGUAUUACUAUCAUUUCCAUGUAUGUUACUUCAAAACAAAAGAAAUCUCCAGUUGAUUUAUCCAUUUAUCAAGUUAUUAAGGAAGCUUCAUUAUUAUAUUGUAUUCCUCAUAAUUUCUUCCAUCAUAGAUUUGUUAAAGGUGAAUUAUCCUUACAAGAAUCGGUUUAUGCUCAAUCAGGGGUUAUCUUUGUAACUCAUUUCUUAAACAGAUUAGGUCCAGAAUAUAAUAAAUUAGCUUCUUUAUUAGAUCCUUCAAAAUCAAUUCAACAUGCUGAAGUUUUAGGAAGUUUAAAGAGAAGAUUAAGAGCUGAAACUUAUACUCAAAAUUAUAUUCAAGAAGUUUUCGAUUCAAGAUCUGAUAUUGUUAGAAAAUUAUAUCGUCAAUUUGCUGAUGUUCAUUAUAUCCGUUCAUCAAUGGAAAAGACUUUAUCUUAUCAAAGACUUUCUCAAAUUACCCCAGUUGGUACUGAAGAAGAAUUUGAACAUUUAUUAAAUCGUGAAUGUUCUCAAAACGAACAUCAUGCCAUUGUUUUAAGAGCUUUAUACGUGUUCAAUAAAUCUAUCUUAAAGACUAACUUUUAUACUUCAACUAAAGUUGCUCUUUCUUUCAGAUUAGAUCCAUCUUUCUUACCAAGUUCAGAAUAUCCUGAAAAGCCAUUCGGUAUGUUCUUUGUCGUCGGUAAUGAUUUCAGAGGUUUCCAUAUCAGAUUCAGAGAUAUUGCCAGAGGUGGUAUUAGAAUUGUUAGAUCAAGAAAUGAAGAUGCCUAUAAUGUUAAUUUAAGAAACUUAUUCGAUGAAAAUUAUAAUUUAGCCAAUACUCAACAAAGAAAAAAUAAAGAUAUUCCAGAAGGUGGUUCUAAAGGUGUCAUUUUAUUAGAUCAUGGUGCUGCUCAAGAAAGACCUCAAGCUUGUUUUGAAAAAUAUGUUGAUUCUUUAAUUGAUUUAUUAUUAAAACAACAUAUUCCAGGUGUUAAGGAUUCUUAUGUUGAUUUAUAUAAUAAACCAGAAAUUUUAUUCCUUGGUCCUGACGAAGGUACUGCUGGUUAUACUGAUUGGGCUACUUUACAUGCUAGAGAUAGAGGUGCUCCAUGGUGGAGAUCUUUCUUAACUGGUAAAAGUCCUCAAAUCGGUGGUAUUCCUCAUGAUGAAUAUGGUAUGACCACUUUAUCAGUUAGAGCUUAUGUUAAUAAGAUUUAUGAAAAAUUAGGUCUUGAUGAUUCUAAAAUCAGAAAAUUCCAAACUGGUGGUCCAGAUGGUGAUCUUGGUAGUAAUGAAAUCUUAUUAUCAAGAGGUGAAAACUAUGUUGGUAUCGUUGAUGGUUCCGGUGUUAUUGCUGAUCCAAAUGGUCUUGAUAAAGAUGAAUUAAUCAGAUUAGCCAAGGCUAGAAAGAUGAUUGAUCAUUUCGAUAAAUCUAAAUUAUCUAAAGAUGGUUAUGUUGUAUUGGUCGAUGAUGCUGAUAUUAAAUUACCUCACGGUCAAAUUGUUGACAAUGGGGUUGCUUUCAGAAAUACUUUCCAUUUGAAAUUAAAGGAACAAUUCCCAGAUGGUGUUGAUUUGUUUGUCCCAUGUGGUGGUAGACCAGCUGCUAUUGAUACUCAUAAUGUUCAAGAAUUAAUUGAUGAAAAGACUGGUAAAUCAGUGGUUCCAUAUUUCGUUGAAGGUGCUAAUUUAUUCAUCACUCAAUCUGCCAAACUUAUUUUAGAAAAGGCUGGUAUUGUUAUUUUCAAAGAUGCUUCAACUAAUAAAGGUGGUGUUACUUCUUCUUCAUUAGAAGUAUUGGCCGCUUUAGCUUUCGAUGAUCAUGGUUUCUUAGCUAACAUGUGUGUUGAUUCCACCACUCAUGAAAAACCAAAAUUCUACCAAGAUUACGUCAAAGAAGUCCAAAGAGUCGUUGUUGCUAACGCUGAAGAUGAAUUCGAAGCUUUAUGGAAAUUACACGAAGAAACUGGUACUUCCUUCACCGAAUUAUCAGAUAACUUAUCAGUUAGUAUUAAUAGAUUAGGUGAUGAAUUAGCCAAUUCCAAGGAAUUAUGGAAUGAUGAUAUUGAUUUCAGAAAUGCCGUUUUACUUGAUUCCUUACCACCAUUAUUAUUAAGUGUUAUUGGUAUUGAUAGUGUUUUAACCAGAGUUCCAGAAGCUUAUUUAAGAGCCUUAUUUGCUACUCAUUUAGCUUCAAGAUUCGUUUACACUAGAGGUAUUGAUUCCAACCCUGCCAAAUUCUUAGAAUUCAUUUCUUCUAUUAGAAAAGAAUAUGUUAAGAAAGGUUUACUUAAGUGA